GGCCUCCGUUCCUCCCCAGGACCUCGGCCUCUGCUCUGUCCCUGAGGAGGAGGCGAUGGCCCUCGGACUGACGGUUACCAGGCGCGGCCAGGAAUCGGUGACAUUGCAGGAUGUGACCGUGGAAUUCACCUGGGAGGAGUGGAUGUACUUAAACCCAUCUCAGAAGAAGUUGUACAGGGAGGUGAUGCUGGAGAACUAUAGGAAUUUGGCCUCUUUGGGAUUUGCAGUUUCUAAACCAGAUGUGAUUUACCAAUUGGAAAGAAAUGAAGAAACUUGGAUGCCAGAGACAGAUAAUCCAAAAGGCAGCUGUCCAGGGAGUAAAGAAUUUACUCAAGAAAAAUCUUAUAAAUGUAGUGAAUGUGGGAAGGCCUUUAAGAGUAAGACACAACUUACUUUGCAUCGGAGUAUUCAUACUGGGAAGAUUCUUUAUAAAUGUAAGGAGUGUGGAAAGGCUUUCAUCUACAAUUCAGAACUUAAUCUACAUCAGCGAAUUCAUACUGGAGAGAAACCUUAUGAAUGUAGUGAAUGUGGGAAGGCCUUCAAUAGGAAGUCACAUCUUACUGUACAUCAGAAAGUUCAUACUGGACAGAAACUUUACAAAUGUAGUAAAUGUGCUAAGACAUUCAGGCACAAGACACAAUUUACUGUACAUCAGAGUAUUCAUACUGGAAAGAUUCUUUAUGAAUGUAAGGAGUGUGGAAAGGCUUUCAUCUACAAAUCAGAAUUUAUUCUACAUCAGAGAAUUCACACUGGAGAGAAACCUUAUGAAUGUAGUGAAUGUGGCAAGGCCUUUAAUAGAAAGUCACAUCUUACUGAACACCAGAGAAUUCAUAGUGGAGAGAAACUUUAUGAAUGUAAUAAAUGUGGGAAAGCCUUCAGACAUAAGACACAAUUUACUGUGCAUCAGAGUAUUCAUACUGGAAAGAUUCUUUAUGAAUGUAAAGAUUGUGGGAAAGCUUUCAUCUACAACUCGGCACUUAUUUUACAUCAAAGAAGUCAUACUGGAGAGAAACCUUAUAAAUGUACUCUAUGUGAGAAGGCCUUUAGCAGUAAGACACAACUUACAGUGCAUCAAAGUAUUCAUACCGGAGAGAAACCUUAUGAAUGUAGUGAAUGUGGAAAGGCCUUCAGAAAUAGGAAACAACUUACUGUGCAUCUCAGAGUUCAUCCUGAAAAGAUCCUUUAUGAAUGUAAAGAAUGUGGGAAGGUUUUCCACUACAAUUCAGAACUUACAAAACAUCAAAGAAAUCACAUGCAAGAGAAACCAUAUGAAUGUGGGGAAUGUGGGAAGGCCUUCAGUAGGAAGUCACAUCUUACUGUGCAUCAAAGAAUGCAUACUGGAGAGAAACCAUAUGUAUGUAGUGAAUGUGGGAAGGCCUUUAGGAGGAAAACAUAUCUCAACAUGCAUCAGAGAAUCCAUACUGGAGAGAAUCCUUAUGAAUGCAAGCAAUGUGGGAAGGCUUUCCCUCUGAAGUCAUAUCUUAGAAAACAUCAAAGAAAUCAUAGAGUAGAGAAACCUUAUGAAUGUAGUGUUUGUAGUAAGGCCUUCAAUAAGAAAUCAUAUUUUACUGUCCAUCAAAGAAUUCAUACUGGAGAGAAACCUUACAAAUGUAGCGAAUGUGGAAUGGCCUUCAGGAGUAAAGCACAUAUUACUGUGCAUCAGAGCAUUCAUACUGGAGAGAAACAUUUUGAAUGUAAGGAUUGUGGGAAAGCUUUCUUUUACAAUUCAGAACUUAUUACACAUCAAAGAAUUCAUACUGGAGAGAAACCUUAUGAAUGUAGUGUAUGUGGAAAGGCCUUCAAUAAGAAGUCAAAUCUUACCGUGCACCAGAGAAUUCAUACUGGAGAAACACCUUAUGAAUGUAGUGAAUGCAGGAUGGCUUUCAGGGUUAAGAGACAACUUACUCAGCAUCAAAGAAUGCAUAUUGGAGGGAAGCCUUAGGAAUAUAAUUAAUGUGGGAAGGUGUUUAGGAGGAAGCCUUAUCUCAUGUAUCAGAAUUCAUACUAAUUAGAAUCCUUAUGAAUGGAAAGCAUGUGGGAAAGUCAUUUCUUAGAAAACUUGCAAGAAAUGAUAGAAUAGAGAAAUCUUAAAGAUGUAUUUGUAUAUGAGAGGGCCUUCCACAGAAAGUUAUAUCUUAUUGUGCAUCAGAAAAUUCAUACUGGAGAAAGACCUGGAGAGAAUGUAGUGAAUGUAGAAAAUACAUUACACAGAGGAUACAACUUUAUGUCCAUUACAGAAUUUAUACUUGAGAGUUUCCUCAUGAAUGUAAAGAGUGUGAAGAUCACCACAGUUUAGAUUUUAUUAUAUAUCAGAAAAUUCAUGCUGGUAAAGGAAGGUCCUUAUGAGAGUGGAAAGGACUUUAGAAAUUAGACACAAUCUACUAUAUACAUCAGAGCAUUUAUACUUGAAAGAAGACAUUUAGGAGUAAUACACAAUUUACUCUGCAUUGAAAAUUCAUUCUAGGAAGAUUCUUUAUGAGUUCACUACAACCAGUGUAUUUUAACUCCACUACAACUUGGAACCUAUUUGACAUCACAGAAUUAAAAUAGAAGAGGAACCUUAUGAAUGUCCUUUAUGUAGGUAGGCCUUCCUUCUGACUUUAGAACUUACUCAAAAUUAGUGCACUGAUACUAGAGAAAAACUUCAUGAAUGUGGAAGACCUCCAGACUGAAGAUACAACUAUCAGCAUACAAGAAUCUAUUCUCCAUAGAAAUCUUGUGAAUUAUGUAAUUCAUUUGGGAAGACAUUUUGAAUGAGUACCUUACUCUGAUGUCCAUCAAAGAAUUCAUCCUCUGUAGAAUCUUUAUGAAUGUACAGUGUGGGAGGAUCCCCUAGCUUAUCUAGACUAUGAUUGUGAGUCAGUAUAUGAAGACCCAAGAGUCCUUAUUUAGCCCCCCAGGAGAUUUUCCUCCCUUCUUCAGAGCCCUCUAAGGGAAGAAAGAUUAAUGAUAUCUUCCCAUGGGUUUUCUGCUACAGAGAGGAUAUAGUAGUUGAGCCAGAGGUCAUGCUUUUGGGAGAGCCUUGGUAUUAACUUUGAUUCCUGGGCACAUGGCAUGCAGGAGUCAUAGAGUUGACUUGGCCAUCAGAUGAACUUGAUGUGUGAUAAAUACUUCCCUGUGCUUGAGGAAGGUAUUAUCUGAGUUGCAUUCCUGAUGUUGCUGGCACUGUUUCUGUUCACAUUCAUAGGGUAACCACAGAACCAUAAAGAUUUGGAAUCACAUAAUUUUUCAAAAGCCUAGUAAUGACCUAUGGCAGAUACUGACAUUAUAUGAUUUCUGCCUAGUAUUCUACAUAUCAAAGGAAAGGAAUUCAGUGAAAUUCAGGUAAAUAGCAAGAAUAACUAUUACUCUUAAAUCAGCCAUAGGCCUUGUCACUUAACUAAUGACAUAAAGAGAAGAAUGGGAUUUUCAUUGUGGUCAAAGGAUAUGAAUGGGGGUUUUCAGAAGAAAUAAAAAAGAAGUGUCAUAGAAAAAUGCUCUAAAUUACCUAUUGAUAAGAGAAAUGUAAAUGAAAACAAUUCUGAGGUAACACCUCACAUCUAUCAGAUUAAGUAAUGUGAUAAGAUCAAUAACUGAUUCUGGAGAAAAUGUAGAAAAAUAAGAACACUAAUGCAUAGUUCACAAGAAUUUCAACCAUUCUGCAAACAAUUUGGACAUGUCCCAAGGACAUAAAAAACUGCAUUCCCUUUUACCCACACUACUUGGUCUGUUUGCUAAAGAGAUCAAAGUUAAAAGGAAAUGGAUCUAUGUAUACAAAAAUAUUUCCAGCUCUUUUUGUGGCAGCAGAGUAUUGGAAAUUGAGGGAAUGCUCAUCAUUUGGGAAAUGGCUGGAUAAGUUGUCCUUUAUGAUUUUAGUGGAAUACUAUUUAAUGUAAAAAAAUGAUAGAUGGUAGUUCAGUGGCUUAGUGGAUAGAGCACUGUACUUGAAGUCAGUAAAUCCUGAAUUCAAAUGUAACCUCAGAUACUUAAUACUUCUGUGACUCUGGGCAAGUCAUUCAAUCUCUGUCUUAAUCUAUUAGAGAAAGAAAUUUUAAAACUAUUCCAUUCUGUUUGCCAAGACAAUCCCCAUCAUGGGAUCAGGGACUCCAUUGAACCACUACAUAGCAACAAUAACUUAAGGGAUAUGUUUUCAGAAAAAUCUAGGGACAUCCAUAUGAAUUUAUAUAGAAUGAAAUGAGCAGAACCGUGUGGUCUUUGUACACAGAAAAAGCAAUACUGUGAUGAUAAUCAUUUGUCAAAGAUUUAGCUACUCUGAUCAAGAUAAUUCUAAAAGAUUCAUGAUGAAACAUAGUAUCCACAUCCAGAGAGCAAACUGAUGAACUUAAUGUAAAUAGAAUUAUAAUUUAAAAUUUUUCUUUUUUUAAAAAUGAUUUUGCCACAUAGUUAUUAUUUGAAUUUUUUUUCAGUAUUAUUUCCCAUGUGUAAUUGACAUAUUGUCUUAUCAAUGGAUGUAGGAGGGCCUGGGAAAAAUUUUAAUUUACUUUUGCAUUAAUUACAUUAAAUUUAUGUUUUCAUUUAAUUUACAUUAACAUUAAAUGUUACAAAUGUCCAAAAUAAAUUUUAUUUAAUGUUCAAAAAUAAACAAGAUUUGGAAUCACCUACAACAUAAA